UCUCUCUCUCUCUCUCUCUCUCUCUGUUGCUCGACUCCAAAUUUCAUGUGGGUUUCAAAACAAGCUCUCCCAGAAUAGUUUGCUCUCUCACUCUCACUGCACUAUGGCUACAUUUAGAAAAAAAUGCUGCUUUCUCACUUCUAUAAGACCCCAUUUCAAUCUGUCCCUAACAACGACCACAAGACCACCUGCUGCCAAUAAUGCCACCAUUAUUCCACCCUCCCUCUCAGUCCCUCGGCUCUACCACUAAGCCAGCCUCCCCCAACUCUGACCAAUACGACACCUUCCUUCUCCCAGUCCGUUAGCUUUAACUGCUAAGCCUAACCUCCCUCCCAGCCCUUCAGCUAAAAUGACUAAGCCAGCCUCUCUCGGCUCUCUAGACUAGACCAGCACUAGCUCUGACUCACUGAGAUGCAGACUGCUCCAGCACGCAGAACUCCCACCAGCUCUAAAUAAAAAAGCAGGCGAUGCAGCUUGAAGCCGGUGCUGCAGGACGGUGUCUGCUGCAGAGGAGCCGGAGAGCAGUGCUGUCUGGUUGGGCGCGUGUGUUUUUGUGUCUGCAAUGCUGAGCAGGGGAGAGGCCAGGCUCCCAGACUCGCAGCUAUACAGUGCUGCCGGACUGCUGCAACCGAACACUCUCCACAAAGGUCCUUCCAUUGGAAUGCCUUCAGUAUUAUGAGCAUCGUGUGCACCUCCCAACACCCAUGUACCACAGGUUUCUUCGAGACACUCCAGAUUCUGAGGGGGUGUGUGUGGAUAUUGCUCAGCCCACGCAGCUCUGCAGUACCUGAGUGAUGCUCUUCCACAGCACGUGCUGCUGAUUCACAUGUCACCACUCUGCCCCAGCCCUGCCCGGGAUGCUGUUCGUGGCUUCAUGUGGACUCGGUGGUGUCUGUGGAGAUGGAUGCACCACGCUCGUUCCAGGCUCUAGGGGGCAGGAGAGAGGCAGAGCGAGUCAAGGAGGGGAGCGGAGGAGACGAGUGAUGAAGUGCUGCUGCGCUCCCGACAGCAAAAGAUUUCAGCUGUGUUGAUGUAAGGAGCGACUCAAGUUACCACUUGGGCAGGAAAAGAAAAACAAACUUCUAGCAGAUUUCUCUACUUUUCUUUUGCACUUUAAAUAUUUAUAUGUUUUUUCAAUUGACUUGAUCUGGUGCACAAAACUGAAGGAACAAUGAGACACAUCCAUGUGGAAAUUGCACAGAAAGAGCCGUCUGCGGACCAGCCUCCUCAAGAGGGGGAUCUUCCCCGGCCGAACAUCCAAACAGGGGGCCUGGACUCCAGCCCGGGCCAGGGCCUCAUCCGGCCCUUCAGUGAGAACGAGAUCAAGCUGCAGAAGGUGUACCAGCUCUCCAUCUUCUCACAGCUGGCCGGCUUCACCGAGAGUGCGGGGCAGAGGGCCGGCAAACACACCACGAAGAGAGGACCGUCCGAGAGCCCUACCCAUUCAGACAACAAGCGGGUCCACCUGGCCCAGUCCGACGAGGAGCUAGAGGAUGAGGUGGGGCCCUCGGACCAGCUGGUGGACGAGAAGCCCCUGUUGUGUGGCUCCGGCCAGCACUUCUCUCACGCAGGGAUGCGUGUGAUUGAGCACAAGGACUACGUCUCUCCUGCCAGAGACCCUGCCUGGAGCGCAGGGAGGCUACCGUUCCCUCUCCCUGCGCUCGACUGCAGCAAGCAGGUUUCAGAGCACAAUGAGGACCGGGCCGCGAGGAAUGGGGAGGACUGCAACCGUCAAAGAAACCCGCAUUCUGCCGAUGGUGCAAUCCAGACAGAUCCACCAGCCUUCAAGUCAAUGGCAGAACCCAACAACGCCGGGAAGCAGGAGCUGACAGACAGAGACAGGACUGCUAGCACAUGGGAUCUUGCCAAUGGAGAAAUGUCUUGUGGCCAAACCUCUGGCAACACCGAGCACAAGGACUUCAGAAAAUGCUGUGAGUCAAGCGAUGGAGGGCCGUCUCCUUAUCAAGAGAUGGAGGACAGGAGGUCAAGGACUUUAGAUCUGGAGCUGAGGUCUCCAGAGACGGAUCGACCGCAGGCUUCCUCCAGUAACGGACUGGCCUCCUCCGAGAAGACCCCAUGCGUCCCCAAGCAGUCUGGCCCCAGCCCGGCCUCUGGCGGCAGCGGCUAUGCUGUCAAGAGGAAACUCCUGGUGUCCAGCGACAUAGCGGAGUCCUGCUCCGAGGACGAGGGCCCUUCCACCUCCAAGAAGAGUCGCACCCCGCUGUCCCACGCCAUCACUGUAUCCUGCCGCAGCACCGACGCCAAAGCAGCUCCCUUCUGGAACCACCUGCUCCCCUUGACCCGGGACAGGCCCAAGAGUUCAGCUGAUUGCAGCAGUGUGGGCAGAAGACUGAAAAGUGGACUUCGGCUGAAAUCGAGGCAGCUCCGCAGCAGCCGUCGGGAGGAGUCGAGCCAGGCUCCUCGCUCCAGCUGGCCAUCUGCCUCCAUCAGCCGCUCCCUGCUGGGGAACUUUGAGGAGUCGAUCCUGAAGGGCCGCUUUGCCCCGUCGGGCCGGAUCGAGGGAUUCACUGCAGAGAUUGGUGCCAGCGGCUCCUAUUGCCCCCAGCACGCCACCCUGCCUGUGGAGGUCACCUACUAUGACAUCUCUGAACACAGCGCUCCCUCCCCUUUCCUGGGCGUGAUCCACCUGGAGCCUUUGGGAAAGAAGGGAUACAGCGUUCCCAAAGCAGGAACCAUCCAAGUGACCUUAUUCAACCCUAAUAAAACUGUGGUGAAGAUGUUCCUGGUGACGUACAGCUUCGGGGACAUGCCAGUGAACCACGUGACCUUCCUGCGGCACCGCAUCUUCCUGGUGCCCGUGGAGGAGGGGGAGGAGCAGGGGGGCACCCCCAACCGGAGGAGGAUACUCUGCUACCUGAUUCACCUCAGAUUCCAGAGCUCAAAGUCUGGGAAGAUCUAUUUGCACAACGAUAUCCGGCUGCUGUUCUCCCGUAAAUCUAUCGAGGUUGACACGGGGAUCCCCUACGAGUUGAAAUCUUUCACAGAAAUGCCAAGAAACCCCAAGUACUCUCCUAGGGUAUGAACAUGGGAUAGUUUCACUGCCUUCUGGAAGGACAGUACAGCUUAAUACAAACAAAACUAUACGGAAACUUGAAAAAACAAGAAAACCGAAAGACUCAAAGCUGUUUCUGAAUUCAGUGUUAACAUGCAUGCCUUGUAACAAGCCUCUGUGUUCUCUUGUAGUGCGGUUUACAUUUUAUAGCACUGAUGUUCAACCUUUCUGAACCCAAGGACCAUACACCCAUACUGUGGAUCAACAAGAGAGCUGAAGCCAGCAAACCAUGCUUUAAAAAAUAAACACUCACUGUUCCUAGCAGUUCAGAAAGCUCCCUCGUGGAAUGCCCUUGUUAAAUACGACCUGGCAUCUUUGGGGACCAUACACCUUGGCAUACACUCAAUCACGUUGUGCAUAGUUCACAGAAGGGAGGAGUUUGCUAUUCUCCCUGGAGAACAUGCACCAGUGGCUGAGGAAAUGAUCAUCUGCUCAGCUAAUCUCUCAAUUCCCAUCUGGUUGAACGUCCAGUGACUUUCUAUAUACUACACCAGCGGUUUGGAUGUUUUAGACUCAAGGAGUUGUGACACCCACUUCAUCAGUUCAGUGAUUUCCCUACAGUCCUGCCAAACGAAGCUGUUCUUAUGUUGCGUAAGUGAUCUGAAGGGGAUUUCUGUUAUUAUGCAGAGUAGUGUGAUGUCCAGUAUUUUGGAUGCGGUACAAGAGUUAAAAACCUUGCUGCUGUUAAAGAAAGCUAGAGCCACUGUCCAUGCUCGGGUCCUCCACCACAAGGGGAAUGAAUGUUCAGUGACGUAUGAGCAGUGAGUGUACAUAAAGGCUGUUUGGGUACGAUCCUGCAAAAGUGCCACCCAUGUAGGCCACAUAUGAAAGAAUUAAUCCCCUGGAAAGCUUUGGGAGUGGGGUAGCACUGUAGGUAAUAUGUAAUGGGGAUAGGGGAUGUAAGUGAUUGGGAUGUAGUUUUAAAAAAAAAAUACUCCUGUUCUGAAAUCGGAGUUGAUACAAAAGCAUUCUCGAUCCUGAAAAAGCCUGUGCUGUCACUGUGCACAUCCCUGAUGUUGGUGGUUUAUCCAGUCUGGGGGCCACCAGUCUGUCCAUGGUGGAAGUUGGUUGGAGAACAAGUGUGUUAGAGCAUUCUGUUAACAGUCUGAGUUAAAAGAAAACAAAAAAAGAGUAAUAUUUAAUUUAUUUGCAGAUGUCUUACAGCAAUAUUCUGUGCAUAUUGAAGGUGUGAUUUUUAAAACCUGACAGUGGUUCAUGUCUGCCAGGUAUAUACAGUACACGAAGGCCUCUCUGUGCGGAGCUACAUUCUGUUGAGAGAUGAUUGGUUUGGGGGGUUGGGAGGGGUGGAGAACUGGACUUGUCAGUAACACAGAUCACACAAUAAUUAAAAAUGUUGCAGGAGAUGUGAUGUUAUCAAAGAAAAAUGUUUUUAGGUCAUCCAAAGAAAAUGAAGGGGGUUGAGAAGGGUGUCUACCAUGGGUAGCCAGGACAGCACUCCGGCACUCAAAAGCUAGUGAUACAAUCUUAGGGGUGUACAGUAAGUUGGAUUUGUUGCAUGAUUGCAAGUUUGUUUUACACAAACCCAAACCAAUGGUCAUAUACAUUGUCAUAUACAUUGUGCAAUGCAAACUUUUCCAUCGUGUUUUAAAAGACAAACUCCGACUGUAACCACCUGUUAGCUUGUGAAACUCAAGUGCAGCUUAUUAGGGCUUUUACAAAGCACAAUAAACCCACAAAGACUGUUUGUGAUAGCGCUUUGGCAUUCUGGUACGAAUACUGGUCAGGUAUAAUGCAGGCACACUUCCCCCCCCAAAGCUCCCCAAUGCAUCUCAAUCUAGACUCGUCUAACUGACUGCUAAGAGACGUUUGUGAUGUGGGACUUUAGUCCAUUUAAGGCUGCAGGUUGCACAAAGCUAAUUCAAUUUGUGGUUAGGCUUCCAGAGGUGAGAAGCUUGAGCAUUAGCUUCCCCUGUCAUACUCUGGAGGGUGGGUAUCUGCUUUAAUUGUUGUACCUACCAAAGGUGGUGAAGCACUAAAAUGAUGGCAGUGAUAAUGUAAAAAAAAAGUUGCUUUCAGGUUUAUUCGGCGAAGAGUAUUUUAGUUGCGAGAAACUUUUUUUUUUAUAUAUUGUUAUUUAAAGAUAAUUUUAGUUUAAGUCUAUGUUUAAGAUAAAAGUAGAUUGUACUUUGGUUUUAAAAUUGGAUUUUGAUAAGGCUGGAAACGCACCAGAGGAUUUUUUAUUAUUUAUUUUUAGCAAUAUGGUUUAUUUGUAGUAAGAGCAUGUGUUGGUUUCGUAGAAGUUCAUCAGAGAAGAGAGAUGCACACCACAUCUUUUAAUGCGCUUAGUUGUACACAACAGUUAGUAUUCCAUUUAAGUAAAGGUUUUGCAGUUGGCACAAUGAGAAAAAAGGUUGUACCAUUGUGCUUACGCAUCAGUUAGGAGCUGUUCCAGGAGAUGAUCUGCAGUACAGUAGAGUUCACUGGGGUAAAAAGGAACCCUGACUUUGAAAAACAGAAGUAGUUAACACAGUGAAAAAUAACAAUUUCUUCUUUGGAAGGUCACUGAAAGAGAGGACAAUUACAGUAACAUUUCUGUGAAUAGACUAUGUUUAAAAAGACAUUGCAAGAUAAUAACAGAUUUAUAUUGCAUUAGCUGGAUAACUAAAAUGAUUUUACCUGUUUCUUUUAUUAUUGUAUUCUACAGGUGACAGUGACAGUCUAUUCAGGGACCUUAUAAAACAACCAUGUGAAUCAAUAACAAAACCAGUUUGACAAAAUGGGUGUGAAAAUCGUUGCGUGAGAAGAAAGGAGCAAAGCUAUGGAAGAUGGUAGAGCAGAGAAGUUUGAAAUGAGGUCAGGUCAUCGGGUUUGGCAUAGGGAGAAAAUGGCCUCCGUUGCUCUGAUGGAAAUCAGGAACUUCAUUGAAGCAGGAGAGAAAGUGGCAUCCAUAUAGUUUGUGAAUGUGGAAGGUGUUGCAUUUAGUCAGGUGUCGUAAUGGACAGCUGGGCUUCCAUUCUGGUUAAGCAACAAUGACGGUGGUAUGGUUAAAAAACACACAUUAGAGCAGAAAGUUUCUUUGACAAGCCUUAUACAGUAGAAACCCAGUAUACAGGCAAUGGAAUGUGAAGCCUUUCAUCUCUGGGUAGCAAUAAUUUUCUUUCACAGGCCAUCGAAAGUCAGUUCCAUUGGCUUUUGUGCACUCAGAGUUGACACCUGCACUUGCAGUCUCACAGCGUAGGACUGGGCGGGCACAUUGGCACAAGGCGGGGACACUGUGUGGGGAAGCGUGCACUGAAACUUACUGUAAAGUACAACUAAAUACUGUCAAGCCUGGUUAAUAGUAACUGAAUUCGAAAAUGAUAAUUGUAGAUUUAUAAACACCUGGGUUUGUCUAUGGGCCCUGAAGUCUCACAGCAAUAAGGGUUAGAUUCUGUUGACAUUCUGUGAUAUGUGUUACUGUGACAUGGGUUCCUUGAGUUCACACUUAUGCCAACACGUAAUACCUGUAGCUGGUCUCUCUGUAAAUAAAAAAUAAAUAAAAAAGUGUUGUCAAAA